UACGGGACACCUCUAGAAUAGAAUGUUUCUCCAACUUUCUUUUUUGUUUUCCAACAUAAAAAUUGGCAACAAUAACAACAACCAAGAAUUAGUAAAUACAAAACCAGAUAGAAAAAACCAUCGGAGAAUGGUUGCUGUUGCCAGUUGUUGAACUUAACCCUUUCAUAUUUGCCCAUGACAAUAUUGACCAACACCGUUCAACCAGAAUGCAUGCUUCUGUCCCCAAGAUGCCUCGAAGAAUACUCCCAGAGAAACCUCCUAUUCCUUCACACCAUGACCCUGGAGUGUUUUUCUUCCUUGGAGGGAUUGUAGUGCUCGUCAUAUUGCUGAUUCUUGUGUUUAUAUUUUGGAGGCGUAUUAAACGGCCAGCAAAGGUGAUGGAGAACACAGUUCUAACAAGUCAGCAGCAUGGGAAAUAUAUUGAACCGUCAGAGGUGAUGAAGAUGAUAGUACCAAAUAUAAAACAGCCAGGACCAAUGGAGUUCAUUAGUGGGAACCUUCGGACAAUUAGCUACUUUGACUUCCGGACAUUGAGGAGAGCCACUAAGAAUUUCCAUCCUCGAAAUCUACUUGGAAGUGGUGGAUUUGGGCCUGUCUAUCAGGGAAAGUUGGCAGAUGGAAGGCUUAUUGCCGUCAAGACAUUGUCUCUUGACAAGUCUCAACAAGGUGAAAAAGAAUUUCUGGCAGAAGUGAGAAUGAUCACAAGCAUUCAACACAAAAAUCUGGUUCGCCUUAUUGGAUGUUGCACAGAUGGCCCUCAAAGGAUACUUGUGUACGAAUACAUGAAGAACAGAAGUUUAGACCUCAUAAUAUAUGGAAAGAGUGAUCAAUUUCUGAAUUGGAGCACUAGAUUCCAAAUUAUUCUUGGUGUAGCACGGGGAUUACAAUACCUCCACGAGGAUUCACAUUUAAGAAUUGUUCACCGAGACAUCAAAGCAAGCAACAUUCUUCUUGAUGAGAAGUUUCAGCCUAGGAUUGGAGACUUUGGGCUAGCUAGGUUCUUCCCUGAAGACCAAGCUUACCUUAGCACUCAGUUCGCAGGAACAUUAGGUUAUACAGCUCCUGAGUAUGCCAUUAGAGGAGAAUUGUCUGAAAAGGCAGACAUAUAUAGUUUUGGAGUUCUUGUGCUUGAAAUCAUCAGUUGUAGGAAAAACACAGAUCUUACUUUAGCAUCAGAAAAACAGUACCUCCCUGAAUAUGCAUGGAAACUUUAUGAGAAGUCAAUGUUGAUGGAAAUUGUAGAUCCAAAGCUGCAAGAGCAAGGCAUAGAAGAAAAGGAUGUCAUGCAAGCAUUCCACGUGGCCUUGUUAUGCCUUCAGCCACACGCGGAUUUGAGGCCUGCCAUGUCAGAGAUCGUAGCAAUGUUGACAUUCAAAGUUGAAAUGGUUACAGCACCAAUGAGGCCAAUCUUCGUUGAUCGAAGGCGCGUAAUGGAUGAUGAACACCACUCAUGGGAAACCAUAUACGAGGCUUUCACCACUGCAGUGGCAUCCCGGCCCACGUAAAACACCAAUACUCUAGAACGUAACACAUGCAUGCACCUGGUCCUGUCAAAUAAGGAACAAUUUCCUUUAAAGAAGGAAAGAGAUAUAAGGUCAAAGGUUCGGACAAAGUAUGGAUUUCACUUGGUUUAGGUGUUGUAUAUAUAUAUAUAUAUAUUUGGAAAUGAAUCAUCUCCAUCAUCUUCAUUGCAAAUUUUGUACCUAUCUCUUCCUCGCAUAUAUUUACUAAUAAUAUAUAUUGGCAAAAAUUCAACACUAGUUGCAAAAGGAAUCUACAUAUCCUGUAGGGACUAGGGAGUUCUGUGAAGUUUUUGCAGUAAGGCUUGGGAUAGGUGUUUGCUGCCCAAA